CGGUACCGUUCGAGGCACUUAGACUUUGGGAAGAGAAACGGCAAAUCCAACUUCACAGCUUCUGCGCAUUGCGUUGAUCCCGGCUGCUCACGAUGCCUCCUGUCGCGCCGAUUCAUCAUGGUGGCCAGCAGGCCCCGUCCACGUUCGACAAACUCAAGAUGGGCGCAAUGAUGGGCGGAUCUGUCGGAGUGAUUAUGGGAUUCAUCUUUGGCACUGUUAACAUUUUCCGUUAUGGUGCCGGAUCGCAAGGCAUUAUGCGCACUCUGGGCCAGUACAUGGGUGCAUCUGGCGCAACCUUUGGAUUCUUCAUGGGAGUCGGCAGUGUCAUCCGAUCAGAUGCAGACCCCAAGCUACAGGAGCUGUAUAUGCGAGCGCAGCGACGGCCGAUAGUAUUAAGAGCGAAUUCGGCUUGGAGACGGGACGAAUAAAGAUACUCAACGAACGAAUGGACGAACGACGCCGAGCGGCCAACAACUGGCCGCACUGUGCGUAUCCUGGUGGCCCGAAUGACUGCCCUGUAAAAUAAGAAGAAACCAAACGACGUUUACGAUCGAAAUCCGAUGCGAUUCAUAUCAAUGUAAAAUCAUCUAUGUUUGUGAAGGCUAUUUGGGACUGAGCUCUGUGCACAGUAGUGGAAUAUCUACCCUCUUGCUAGCAAGUAGUACCUUAUGCAAAAGCACGAAAAUACUUUUGUCUCCGGAU